AUGCGCGCGCGCACGCCAGGCAACGGCUCCCCUCCGCCCUUUUUCCUCUCGCUCCUCUUCCCACCCACAAGAAACGAAUUCUGCCUCCUCCAUUAUCACAUCUUGCCACGGCACAAUCAAAACCAAGUAUAUUCAUCAGGGUCUCUUGCCCCUUACGCAGCUGGAAAAAAAAAAUACAAACAACCUGCUCGCCCUUUGCGCCAGACAUCACCACCAUACCACUCGUACACACCUUCGGUCCUAGCUCGUCUAUCCUCGAAAUCGAUCCAGAAUCCAGCAAACAUGACUGAUAUCGCUGAUGCGACUCUGCCUGUCAACGGCGCCUCUCCUUUCGAGAAGAACAAUGCCUCUGUCGCUCCCAAGCCUGCUGCCAACGGCCGCAAGUCCCUCGACGCUCAGCCCGUGACACACUACCACUCCUUCUUCGCUGAGCUCCUCUCUUGGAAGAACCCUCGCAACUCCGCCAUCGCCUAUGGCUCUAUCGUUACUUUCAUUCUCGCCGCCCGCUACUUCGACAUUAUCCGCUGGGCCUUCAAGCUCUCAUGGAUGACUCUCGCUGUUACCAUCAGUGCCGAGGUUGCUGGCAAGCUUGUCCUUAACAAUGGCAUUACUUCCCAGCUCCGUCCUCGCCGCUACUACACCAUCCACCGCGACACCGUUGACGGUAUUAUUGGCGACGUCCACGAGCUCGCCAACUUCUUCAUUAUCGAGGGCCAGCGCAUUCUCUUUGCCGAAAAUAUUGGUGUCUCCGCUAUUGCCGGCCUUGCUGCCUUCAUCUCCUACUUCCUCGUCAAGCUUGUUCCCUACUGGGGCCUUGCCAUCCUCGGCACCACCCUGGCUUUCUUUGUUCCCCUCGUCUACGCUGCCAACAAGGAGCUCAUCGAUGAGCACCUCCAGAACGCCUCCGAAGUCAUCAACGCCCAGACUGCUCAGGUCCGCGACGCCGCCCAGAAGCAGGCCGAUCAGCUCACUACUCUUGGCAAGCAGUACGCUGGCGACUACACUGGCAAGGUCCAGGACAUGAUCCGCGGUCGCCCUGCGCCUACCGCUGCGUCGGCUGCCCCCGAAAAGAUUCCCGUCGCCAAGGCCAAGGGCCCCGAUUUCCCUGUCGCUCCUACAGAGGAGCCCGUCCCUGUCGCCAAGGAGGCCGCCCCCGAGACGACCGAGCUCCCCGAGAUCCCUGCUGUUCCCGAGCAGGAGCCUCUGAUUGCCGCCUAA